CCACUUGUAUUGCACCAAGACAGUAGCAUCCUGGAAUCUCGGGACCUACGUUUGGAAAAACGCACUUUAUUUCGGCUGGAUCUUGUUCCGAUCAAUCGAUCAGUUGGUUUGAAGGCUAAACCCACCAAACCAGUAACAGAGGUCUUAAGGCCUGUAGUUGCAAAAUAUGGUUUAAAUCUUAAUGAACUUGUGGCAAGACUAAAUGGUGAGCAGGAACCACUUGAUCUUGGUGUCCCUAUAUCUAAUCUGGAUGGCCAGCGGGUUGUUCUAGAUGAAAAAGAGCCAACAAAAGGUAGAGUGUUCACAGAUAAGCAAAAAGGUGCAUCAGUAAAACCGAGUGCAACUGUAACUACUUCAAGAAAUCAAGUGUCUACUGGAGAGGGAAGAACACUAGGAAAGUCUAAUUCUAUCAAAAUGAAAGGCGAAAAUGGAAAAAAUGCUAGGGAAGUCCGGCUGUCAAAGAGAGAAGACUCUAUUGCAAAGAUUGGGAAAAAAAAAUGUCAGAAAAUAAAUUUGGAUGAAGCAGAGGAAUUUUUUGAACUCAUAUCCAAAGCUCAAAGUAACAGAGCAGAUGACCAACGUGGACUGCUAAGGAAAGAAGACCUUAUUCUUCCUGACUUUCUUCGUUUACCGCCCGCUGGACCAGAACCAGCCUCAUCGACUCCUGUGGGCCCUAAGGGCCUCAACAAGCGAGUUGCAAAAAGCGAUGGCAAGGAUGGAUGCACAUCACCGAGUGGUAAACAGGAGGCCGUUCAAAACUUUAAUGAAAAUUCAGUUAAGAAAAUGGGUUACUUGGAAAAUAAACAUAAAUCCGCUUUAACAGCGCUCCACAGUCAGAAGACUUUCAGUGUUCCUUUUAAUGCCGCAUUGUCUCCGAUCCCGCAUGCACAGGAAAACAGUGCAGCGGUGUGGAAAAGGCAGUCGAGAGAAUUGCAAGCUGAAGGCAUUCAGAUGGUAGAUGAUGAGAAUGUGGCAGAUUUGACUCUUGUGGCUGAAGGAGAUAUCAGUAGCCCCAACAGCACUUUGCUACCACCACCACCACCUACGCCACCGUCAGACAUCAGUAAACUCACAGAAGCCAACUAUCCGCCCCCAACUCCUUUUGCAGGUAAUCAGGAAAAAUCUGGAUAUCAAAGAUCCAAUUCAGAUGCAAACCACAGGAAGAAAAAAAAUUCACAAGGGACUUCAGGAACCUCUUGUGAGCCAACCUCUCACAAAGCGAAGACCAACAGAAGCUUUAAUCCUCCUGGUGCAAGAGAGAACCCUGGAGCGGAGCUCCCUGUGAACAGGAUAAUCGAUGUGGACGGAGUCAAACUGGAAGACACUGGCACACGCUCCUGUGAUGAUUCUGAAGGGAACCUCAGCUUUGAAGGUUACAUCUCUGAACUGAGAUCUUGCCAAGGGAGGAUGAGGACUGGAGUUUAUAGGACAUCAGACCUUCCGUCUCUGAUUAAUGUAAAGAGUGAGAAGAAUAAGGGCACUGAGAAUCAGUAUAAAGCUACUUUUGUUUAAAUCUCUGUUUUUAAUUAAGGGUUCUGGUAUUUUUGCUUGGCAUCAGCAGCAAUGGAGAUUAUGCCUUAGAGACAUCUUUCUGCAAGUCAGAAGUUGCUUUCAGUACCCGGUUGCCUUCAAUGAGCCUGCCAGGCCAUCUCUUCUG